AUGUCGUCCGGCGUCAAGGUCCACCAGGACUGCAUCUCGCAGUUCCAGGAGCUCAAGCUCAAGAAGCAGGCCAAGUUCAUCAUCUAUGCCAUCAACAACGACAACACCGAGAUCAUUGUCGAGAAGACGUCCAGCUCGUCCGACUACGAUGAGUUCAUCGCCCAGCUCCCGCCGACCGAGUGCCGAUGGGCCAUCUACGACUUUGAGUUCGAGAAGGAGGGCGCCGGAAAGAGGAACAAGAUCUGCUUCUUUGCCUGGUCGCCAGAUGACGCCAAGAUCAAGCAGAAGAUGAUCUACGCCUCGUCCAAGGACGCCCUGCGAAAGUCGCUCGUCGGCAUCUCGACCGAGAUCCAGGGCACCGACUUCAGCGAGGUCUCCUACGAGACUGUCCUCGAGAAGGUCGACCGUGGCUCGUUCUAA